GCGGUGCUAAGUGGCAACAGCCCAAUCGGGCCCAGCGUCAACUGCAUGGUAAGUAGUUCAUAUUUGGUGAUAGGGAGGAACGUGUCUACCGAGUCGUUGGUAGGGCGGGAUACCUGCGCCUGCGCAGGCAUGGAGAGGAGAGUGAAUGCGCAUAUCCACAGCAGCGGCAUCACCACCUCCGCGAGGGAGGACGGGAGUAUAUGCAUAGUAGUGGAGUUUCCUUCUUUCCCUUCUUUUCUUUCUUUUCUUCUGUUUCUUCUCUUUCCUCUUAUUAAGCACUGAUUACCCGAUGUGGAAAGUUGACACGGUAGAUUAUCUCUAGAGUCAGAUACAUCGUAAUGAUUAGCUGGAUAGACAAGAGGAGAGAGAAUGUUUAUAUAUACUCCGUAGAUACAGAGGUCGUCCCGGCUCAUUUGUUUAGGAGUUGACAAGGAUAGACUAACGUAUUUGCUGUACAUGGGAUCACCCUAAAAUGCGCUCAAGAAACCACCAAGUCCAGACUCACAGUUGUCGAUCGACUACGGGAUGGGAUAAAAAGCAGUUGACUAUCGUAGUUAAUUUAUACCACGGAGAAUUGUUCCAAAUGUUUUGGACAAAGCACCGGAUAUCGAGAUCGAGAUCGAGGACGGAGGGUCUUAACGUCACUCAGCCCAAUCAGUCACCUCCCCAGAGCGGCAUGGCGAACGAGAGAGACAACCUGCGGAGGGCUUUGUGGAAGGAGAGAGGAGAGAGGAGAGUGGAGAGUGGAGAGGAAGAGGAUGAGGGCGGCGGAGGAGGAGGAGGAGGAGGAGGAGGAGGAGAAAUAGCAAAGAAGAAGAAGAAUGGUCUCGGAGAUGUGACGGGGGAGAAAAAGAAAGUUGUUGACACACGCUCUGACCGCGGACCCGUGGAUGCUGGUGGGCGUGGGGUUGCGGCGGGUGGAUCGGUCGGCGCAAGAACAACGGUAAUGAUCAUAAAUAAACAACUCAGCCCCUAG